AUGAAGGGAGAUGCGGUGUCAUACAGAAACAUUGUUACAGGCGAAACGUCAUUACCCAUGAUAGAUGGAGAUGAAGAGGGUGAUGAUGAUGAAGAAGACAUGUUGGACUCAGAAGAAAAGUUAACCAUUGAAUCGGUCGGUAUCAUGGUGAAAGAAGGAAAGAUGGGAGGAUAUGACUGCCCACAGAUUAUCCUAUCCAAGUAUGAAGAGAAUAGAAUUCAGAGGCCUUGGAUAAGAGGGGUGAUUGUGAAGUUACUGGGAAGAAAGAUAGGCUACAAAGCUUUAGAAACCAGAUUGAAACAAAUGUGGGUAAGGAAAGGGAUUAUCAACAUAAUUGAUCUCAGUCAUGAUUAUUACUUGGUAGCCUUUACACACGAGGAAGAUAAGAAUGCGACUAUUGCGGAUGGACCUUGGUUCAAAUAUGAUCACUAUCUGACAAUCAAGGAGUGGACACCGAAUUUUCAGCCUGAGAAUGAUUCAAUCGCGCAUGUUGCAGGUUGGAUUAGAAUCUCGGGAUUACCAGUGGAAUAUUAUGAUCCUAAAGUUGUGCAUGUCAUUGGGGAUCGGGUCGGACGUACUGUUAAGGUUGAUAAAAAUACAUUGCAAACAGAAAGAGGAAAAUAUGCUCGUCUAUGCGUUGAGGUCGAUAUAUCAAAACCAUUACUUGCCAUGUUUUCCAUAAAAAAUAAAAGUUAUAAGGUGGAAUAUGAAGGUUUGCAUAUGUUAUGUCUUACAUGUGGAAAGUUUGGGCACUAUAAGGAUGUUGUCCCUUGA